UGAGCGUAACAAUUGUUCGUGUGGAUUCGGCCUACAGCCGCAAAAUAUAGGUUUAUUUGCUGCAAAAUUGAAGUCUAAAAUACACGCUCAGUUAGCCGGCUGAUUUUAAUGUGGCUAUGUGCUUAGUCUGGUAAAGUUUAUAUUAAUUUUAGUCCGUGAACUCAUGAUGAACUUUUACAUUGUGCUGUGUUUAUUUCUAGUGAAUAGUUUCGUUCUGGCUAGUAAAACCACAGGGAUACGCAGAAAUCAUAUAACAAGGACAAGAGAAAUUAUAAUUCCUGUUAAGGUGCAUUUAGACUUUCACCUCUCCAAGAAGAUAGCAAAAGAACACGGUUUCAGAACAAGAAAAAAAAUUAAAGAUAUCGUUCACAACGUCUUAAGAGAGGCCAACAAAUUAUUUAGACGUCCGAGUCUUAAUCAAACAAUAACAUUGAGACUUCUAGAUACAAAAUUUUUACGCCGAACAAAAAUGGUGGCCACAGAUGAGAAUGCGACAAUUUAUUUAAAAAAUUACUGUGAGAUGCAGAGCUAUCAUAAAAGUUUAGAAAAGAAACAAUAUUAUUCAAUAUUACUGACGGGGCUCAAUCUUUUUUACAUUAGCAAUGGGAGGAAGUUCACAAAAUCAACAGCUCGUAGUUACACCAACGGUGUCUGUAAUGCGAAGAAAAGCUGCGCCUUGCUUGAGUGGAAACCAAAAAAUAUGGAAUAUUUAUUAGCGCAUGAAAUAGGUCACAGUCUAGGAAUGUCACACGAUGGUCCCCCAUACAACGACUGUACGAAUCAAGACAUCAUGCAGGCGAAGUACGAUCCGUCAAACCAUCCCAAUACGUGGUCACAUUGUAGUCGACUUUACUUUGAAUAUUUUAUGCGGAGUGAAAAAUCUUGGUGUCUCCAGGGUGCUUCUUCCCGCUCAACAAUCAAGUAUCAUACUUAAUACGCUUCGUUGGUUGGUUCUGUACCAUCUGCACAAGUACUAGAGAAAAAUAGAACAGAUACCUCAUUGAGAUCAAAUAUAGUGAAUUUAUAACCCGUAUUGAGUCAAAAUAGGGACAUUUUAAGCCAACUAGAUAGAGAUAUAGACUCAAUAGACACCAGAUCUGUCUGACAAAUAAACAAUUUUGACAAGUACUUAUUCCUCGAGUAAAU